AUGGCACUAAUCAAUUACCACUGUCGUCUUUUGAUUAAUCGACAACGAGACUGUUUGCUGCACAAAGCAAUUGAAAAUGGUCAUCAUUUAUUAGCAUCUGAGCUUAUUCACGCCUAUCGACGUACAGGUCUCGAACGAAAAAAUGAACACGGUGAAACGCCAUUGUUAUGUGCUGCAAAGCAGAACGCACAACAUCUUAUUCAAUUACUGAUUGAAAAACGAGCCGAAAUCAUAUACGAUACCGAUAAUGAAAUGAACAAUGUAUUUCACCAUCUUGUCAAACACGGCAAUUCGUCAGCCACAAUUGAAUGGCUUUUGGAUUAUUUGAAAACGAAAUUAAUUGUCGAUGUACAGCAAAAUUUCGACAAAAAAAACAACGAUCAAUUAACCCCGUUAGACUUGGCUAUCAAGUUGAAUUUGGUAGAUAUCGUCAGUACAUUGACAUUGAAAGGGCAGUUCAAAUCAAAUGAUGAAGAUAUCUUAUCAACGAAACUAAAUGAAAUGCGUCUAUCGUUGAGCGACAACGUUCACAUUGGAACACUGGAGUCAUGA